GCCCUUGAGAUGUUCUGUGAUAAUAAAUUCAAGGUUGAAAUCAUCAAUGGUCUUCCAGCGGACAAAACUAUAACUGUAUAUAGAUGUGGCCCUUUGGUUGACUUUUGUCGUGGACCCCAUAUACCAAAUACAUCAUUUGUGAAAGCAUUUAAAUGUUUGAAGGCUUCUGCAGCCUACUGGAGGGGGAACAAGGAUCGUGAAAGUUUACAGAGAGUUUAUGGAAUAUCUUAUCCUGAUAAAAAACGCUUGCAGGUGACAUUAUGUUUUUGA